CCUCUUGCGGCGGGCUCCAGGCUCCUCAGCCUGGAGAUUGACGUUUCGUUCUGUUCUGUCCCUCCGACCCUCAGCAGGAAACCCUUCCGUUCGCCCACCAGCGCCAAGCAGCUGGCUUGGGCACCCACUAGGAGUUCACCUGCAGGUUUCCCUAGAUGAUGAAUAAUCAUUCCUUCUGCCUGAAGAACAUCGGUGGAAACCUUGACCAUGGCAUCGAUAUCAGAACCUGUAACAUUCCGAGAAUUCUGCCCUUUGUACUAUCUCCUCAAUGCCAUUCCCACAAAGAUCCAGAGGGGCUUUCGCUCUAUUCUGGUCUACCUCACAGCCCUGGAUGCCAAUGGGGACUACAUUGCGGUGGGCAGCAGCAUCGGCAUGCUCUACUUGUACUGUCGGCACCUCAACCAGAUGAAGAAGUACAACUUUGAAGGAAAGACUGAGUCUAUCACUGUGGUGAAGCUGCUGAGCUGCUUUGAUGACCUUGUGGCAGCAGGCACUGCCUCUGGGAGGGUUGCUGUUUUCCAGCUCGUGUCUUCCUUGCCGGGGAGGAACAAGCAGCUUCGGAGAUUUGAUGUCACUGGUGUUCACAAAACCAGCAUUACAGCUCUGGCUUGGAGCCCCAAUGGGAUGAAGCUGUUCUCCGGAGAUGACAAGGGGAAGAUCGUCUACUCCUCUCUCGAUCUAGACCAGGGUAUCUGCAACUCACACCUUGUGUUGGAGGAGCCAUCUUCCAUUGUGCAGCUGGAUUACAGCCAGAAAGUGCUGCUCGUGUCCACCUUGCAGAGGAGUCUGCUCUUUUACACCGAGGAAAAGGCUGUCAAGCAGAUUGGAUCCCAGCCAAGGAAGAGUACUGGGAAAUUUGGUGCUUGUUUUAUACCAGGACUAUGUAAGCAAAGUGACCUAACCCUGUAUGCAGCCCAGCCUGGGCUCCGGCUGUGGAAGGCUGAUGUCCAUGGGACCGUUCAAGCCACGUUUAUCCUCAAGGAUGUCUUUGCUGGAGGAGUCACACCUUUUGAGCUCUACCCUCGUCUGGAGCCCUCUGAUGGGGGAAGUUGCAGCUCUCCUGAGAAACACCUGGGGCUCGUUUCGUGCUUCUUCCGGGAAGGCUGGGUGUUGAGCUGGAAUGAGUACAGUAUCUAUCUUCUGGACACCGUCAACCAGGCCACCGUUGCUGGUUUGGAAGGACUGGGUGAUAUUGUGUCUGUUUCCUGCACAGAAAAUGAAAUAUUUUUCCUAAAGGGAGAUAGGAACAUUAUAAGGAUUUCAAGCAGGCCUGAAGGACUGGCAUCCAUAGCAAGAGAUGGUCUGGAGACGCGAUGUUCAGAUCAGGUCCGUGGGCAGCAUUUGGAAAAGUCACUUGGGGACACUGUUUGUGAGACAAGACUUCGAGGCUCUUCUGUGGCCAGUUCUGUGGCCAGUGGGCAGCGGAGCAGGAGCAGUUCAUUCAACUCCACGGAUAGUGGCUCUGGGCUGCUGUUGCCCGGACUUCAGGCCCCCCCUGAGCUGGACCAGGGUGGCCAGCCAUCCUCACAGAGAUUCAGUGUUAUCAGCUCUGAAGACUUUGACCAGGAGCUUAUUGUGAAACCCAUCAAAGUGAAGAAGAGGAGGAGGAAGAGAAAGACAGAAGGUGGAACCAAGAGCACCUGCCAAAGUUCCCUCGAGUCAACUCCCUGCUCCGAGUUCCCUGGUGAGAGCCCCCAGUCCUUGAACACAGACCUCUUGUCCAUGACCUCAAGUGCUCUGGGCAGUAGUGUGGAUCAGUUGAGCACAGGAUCUCCAGACCAGGAGAGCAACCCCAGUGCUGAGGUGAAUGGGAUCAUUCAGGAAGACAGUGGCCCUGAAGCAUUCAGUGUUCUGGAGGUUCCUGAAUCUGCCUCUGACCCAGUGGAUGAAGAAAACAGUACUGGAAAGAAAAUUUACCAGUGUGAACACACACAGGACAUGGGCCUGCUCAAUGGAGUGUUGAAUUUACCCUUUCAGCCAGGGGAGGAUGGGGGAGGUGAUGACAUCGUCUCAGGACCCGAAGAGGAGCCUGGUGCUGUUGAUGGUGUACAUGCACAGGUGUGCCUGCGGAAACAGGAGGUGAACACCGUGGAGCUCAGUGAUCCCCAGAGCACUUUUUCUGAAGCUCCUCUUCUGGACUCACUUACAGUACCUUCCAGCCUCAGCUGGCCCCCAGGCGCUGAGCAGUGGCUGCCUGGGCUUGGAGUUUAUGAAGUUAGCACUGAGGAGGCCAGCCCAGAACCAGACAUCCUGGCCCAUGUGGACGUCCCUAGCCACCCAAGCUCAAAUCCUUGGCAUAUAGUCACCAAUAAUGAUACAGAUCACAAAGAAAUACCUGCUUCUGAAUGUGACAUAGGAAAUGUGGAAGGACAGGUGACUCCUCUUGUCUCUGCCUUGGUGGCCAGCACCCAUGAUCAUUUGCUGGACAAAUCUUUCCAGGACCAGGCCGUGACAUCCAGUGAUGAGGAAGACAUUUAUGCCCAUGGACUCCCAUCUUCAUCCUCAGAGACGAGUGUGGCAGACCUUGGAGCUGGUCGCUCUCUGCAGGACCUGAGUCAACCAGGGACUGAUGACACCACACUGCUCAAGACAGAUCAGUUUGCAGAGAGCUGGAUGGGCUACUCGGGUCCUGGCUAUGGCAUCCUCAGCUUGGCGGUCUCGGAAAAGUUUAUCUGGUGUCUGGACUACAAAGGUGGCCUAUUCUGCAGUGCCCUUCCUGGUGCAGGGCUGCGCUGGCAGAGGUUUGAAGAUGCUGUCCAGCAGGUGGCAGUCUCUCCCUCAGGGGCCCUUCUCUGGAAGAUUGAGCAGAAAUCUAACCGUGCUUUUGCGUGUGGCAAAGUGACCAUCAAGGGAAAGCGGCACUGGUACGAAGCUCUGCCCCAGGCUGUGUUUGUUGCCCUGAGUGAUGACACAGCCUGGAUCAUCAGGACCAAUGGAGAUCUGUACCUUCAGACAGGUCUCAGUGUGGAUCGGCCCUGUGCCCGAGCUGUGAGGGUUGACUGCCCCUACCCGCUGUCCCAGAUCACUGCCCGGAACAAUGUGGUAUGGGCACUGACGGAGCAGAGGGCCCUCCUGUACCGGGAGGGCGUGAGUAGCUUCUGUCCUGAAGGGGAACAGUGGAAGUGUGAUAUUGUCAGUGAAAGGCAAACUCUGGAGCCUGUCUGCAUAACUCUCGGGGAUCAGCAUACUCUCUGGGCACUGGACAUUCAUGGAAAGCUGUGGUUCAGAACUGGCGUGAUUCCCAAGAAGCCUCAAGGGGAUGAUGACCAUUGGUGGCAGGUGAGCAUCACGGACUAUGUGGUGUUUGACCAGUGCAGCUUGUUCCAGACCAUCAUGCAUGCCACACACUCAGUAGCGUCAGCAGCUCAAGCCCCUGUGGAAAAGGUAGCAGAUAAGUUGCGCAUGGCAUUUUGGUCUCAGCAGCUUCAGUGCCAGCCCAGCCUACUAGGGGUUAACAACAGUGGUGUCUGGAUCUCCUCAGGCAAGAAUGAAUUCCAUGUUGCUAAAGGAAGUCUCAUAGGAACUUACUGGAAUAACGUUGUUCCCCGGGGAACAGCUUCGGCCACAAAAUGGGCCUUUGUGUUGGCUUCUCCUGCUCCUACCCAGGAUGGAAGCUCCUUGUGGCUGUGCCAGAGCAGCAAGGACCUGUGUAGCAUCAGUGCCCAGAGUGUGCAGUGCCGCCCCUCCACAGUGCAGUUGCCUCCCGACGCCGAGAUGAGGACCUACGCUGCAUGCCAGGAUGCUCUGUGGGCCUUGGACAACCUUGGGCAGGUGUUCAUCAGGACGCUUUCUAAGAGCUGCCCCACAGGCAUGCACUGGACGAAACUGGACCUUACCCAGCUAGGAACUGUAAGACUGACCAGUUUGGCAUGUGGAAAUCAGCACAUCUGGGCCUGUGACUCCAAGGGUGGAGUUUACUUCCGUGUUGGAACCCAGCCUCUGAAUCCCAGUCUGAUGCUUCCGGCCUGGAUCAUGAUUGAGCCACCUGUCCAGCCUGCUGGGGUUACCUUGGUCAGCGUCCAUUCUAGCCCCAAUGACCAGAUGCUGUGGGCCCUGGAUAGCAGAUGGAAUGUGCACGUGCGAACUGGGAUCACUGAGGAGAUGCCUGUGGGGACAGACUGGGAGCAUGUGCCAGGGUUACAGGCCUGCCAGUUGGCAUUGAGCACCAGAACCGUGUGGGCCCGCUGUCCAAAUGGUGACCUCGCCCGCCGCUAUGGAAUCACAGACAAAAAUCCUGCAGGGGACUACUGGAAGAAAAUUCCUGGAAGUGUCUCAUGUUUCACAGUGACCUCAUCAGACGAGCUAUGGGCAGUGGGCUCCUCUGGCUAUCUUCUCCAGCGACUGACAAAGACGUUCAGCCAUUCACACAGUACCCAGAAGAACAGCCAGGCAGUCACCUCCCACCCUGAGGACCUGGAGGACGAGUGGGAGGUCAUCUGAAGGAGCCCCAGGCAGCCAUCAGGGAGGAGCUGAGGCUCUGUGGAGGACGCUGCUGAUUCCCAGUGGCUCGCUUAUGGGCACGCCUCUUCCACCAGGCUGGACACCCCACACGGGCUUUCAUCUGUAUUUGUUUCCACCUCAUCCAGAACUCACAGCCUCAGCCGUGCACCGGAGCUGUCGCUGGAGCAGCGGCACCUUUGACAGCUCGCCAAGGUCACCUCCAAGUGGGCGCAGCGGCUGCUGCUGCUCCUUCGCAUGCACUAGUCACCUGUGCACCACAGUAAAUUAUCUUCAGCAACUCCAGAUCCUGGUGUGGGGCCAACAGGGACACCGCCACAGGCAGAUGAGUCAAAGCCAGGAAGUGUCAGGCACAUGUCCAUACCAGAACCCAGGCCAAACAGGCCUGCACACAGAGCUCGCAGCCAUUAGAUGUGUCUGGUGACAGUGUUGACUUCCUCACAGGGUCCCUCACAUCUCUCCGAGAGAUACAGGCCACAGUGUACAUCCCACACCAGACAUCCCGGUGAGAAGUACCCGUCCAGGAUAGAGGGGUACUGGACUGUGCAGGGUAAGGGUAUACACGCACAUACCCUCGCCUCAUCAUGUUGCCCACACUCAGGGUAGCUGCCCACCUCCUGCCCACAUGGUCCAUUUAGUCCAGCACAGGAUGCUGAUCAGAUUUGGGGCUGACCAAUCUAGAGACAUCUUGGGGAAGACUUUGACUAGUGUGCAAGUGGGCACCCUAAACCAGGCACCUCCAGAAGAUGUAGUGAUUGCCUCUCAUUACCACAUCACAGACCUGAAUAAGAUACCUCAUCUGAGAUGCAACCUCCAAACAGAAGAUGGGUCUAUCUUCUGGAAACAGUGAAGGUCUUUUGUUCCUUCAGGAGGUUUAUCCUAAGUCCACCUUGUCUUGGCUAUAGCUUUGCAAGCGUGGCCAUCCCCUAUCAUGUCCUCAACCCAAGAGUAGCCAGUAUCCAGUGGGCAUAGCAUUGACUUCCCCAGCAGGUGGAAACAGUGUCUCCUGCUCACAGGUGCCAUGUUCCAAUCACAGCUGGGACAGCGGCAUUCUUUGCUCAGGCAUCUGAGCUUCAGGGCAGGCUGUCCACUGUGUGUCCUUCCCUGAGCCUGCUGCCCCCACCCAGGAGGUCCCUGUCACUACUCCACACUGGCUGCCUUUUUUUAGUCCGCCUGGUCCAGGCAGUUAUUUGAUGUCUGUUUUCCACUAAGCACCAGGUCAAGGCCCUAGCAGUCAUGAAGCAGAGGCUCCCAGGUCUGAGCAGUGACGAGCUGCUGAGAGUCCUGGUUGCACUUAGUUAUAGACUUUGUUGACAGCAGAGGCAGCCCCACCUGGGCUGCACCUCUUCUGUGAACAGCGUGCCUUGCCUGGCCCCUCACAAUGGCAGCAGCCCCCUAAGCCCACGGGACAAUAGUGCAAUUAAACCCAAGUUAAACAGACACUUUUAAACUACUUUGAGCUUCUGUGCUUUCUAUGAUUUUUUGUUUUGUUUUGUUUUGUUUUUCGAGACAGGGUUUCUCUGUAGCUUUGGUUCCAGUCCUGGAACUAGCUCUGUAGACCAGGCUGGCCUCGAACUCCCAGAGAUCCGCCUGCCUCUGCCUCCCGAGUGCUCGGAUUAAAGGUGUGCGCCACCACCGCCCGGCUAUGAUUUUCUUUUUGGUUUUGUUUUGUUGUGUUGUGCUUUGAGAUCAUGCAGAAUCUUAGACGUUUCUCAAAUGUUGAGUAUAGUGACUGAGCGAGGAGGCCUGCAGAAGCCCAGCCCAGCCACACUGCAGCAGAGCCCCUCUGCCUGGUCUCAGAACCUGGAUGGUGUUGAGCCAGCUUCCCCGGAUGGUAUAGUGGGCAGUGGCUAUUCCACAGAUGGACACACCCACUGGCAGCCCUAGAGAGAAUGCCCCCAAAGAAGGCAGAACGAAGGGCUGUCCUUGGACAUCAGCCUUUUGUUGUUGUUUUGAGACAGUUUUAUGAGGCCCAGGCUGGCCUCCAAUUCACUAUUUAGCUAGCCACAGAUUGCUUUUUCUAAUCCUCCUGCCUCCACCUUUCAGUUCUGGGAUUACAGGUGUGCUCCACCAUGUCCUGCUAAGAUGUCAGACUCCAUGCAAUGAAGUCUUUGAGACUUUGAGAAUCCCCACUGGGAUCUCUCUAUUAGACAGGGGAAUUCUUAAAAUCAUGGUAGUGCCCACAUAGACCCCGAUUUACUGCUCAAGUCUCCUAGCUUGUCCCCUCCCAGGAAGGAGAGCAUGGUUAGCCAGUGAGUCUUAGAGAGGCUGGGUACCUUAUUCACAAUCACACAGUGAACAUGGGCCAGGACCUAGCUUGGCGAAUCUGCUGACCUGUGCUGAUGCCAGCAUGGCUGGGCUUGCACAGCUGCUGUGCCUACUGUUUCCACUUAGCACGGGAAACCUGCCUUUGCCUUCCGGAGGGCAAGUGCUUUGUACACCCAAAUGCUGGGACAACCACACGAAACCCAUAUGGAGAUCUUUACAGAUCAAAGUGUAGAACCUGUAAGUCAGAAAUUCGUGUGGGGCUGGAGAUGUGGCUUAGUAGUGAUGAACUGAGCGUGCACACCACAGCACAGACCAGAAACCCUACAGGGACCCACAGCGUGCCUGCAUUCCGGACCAUCCUGGACCACACAGUAAGAGCCUGUCUCAAAAACACUAAACUUAAAAAGGGACAUGAUCGCCACAAGUGUGGUCCCCAUGUUGAAUGUUUACUGCAGGAACUUGUCUUAACUCAUAGGCACAAACAUUUCUGGGAAAGCCUCUGAAGGGUCUUUGAACCAAAAGCCUCACUUUGGCCUCCUCUGAGCUGUCGAGAACCGUCAGCUGGGACGUGUGUCUAUAGCCCUGGCCUGCACGCUGCUGCCCCAGGUUCAGUACUCAGAAUGUCAACGAAUAAUAAAACAGAGAAGGUGACACUGUCUGUGGACUUGAACACAGGCCUGUAAGGCCACAGGAUGUAUGCCAGCAGGGCAUCUCACGGUGAAACUUCUAACCUGUCAGUACAGCGUGGUUUGCAGAGAGAGGAGGACACUGUGGUGGGGGUGCUUCUUGUGCCUCGCCCUUCAGGAGGGGCAGAGACAAGUUCUCACUUGGGACAAGCAGCUGGCCAGUGAUUGUUUCCAAGUCUGUGUCUUUUUUAUCCUUUGAAUGUUGAGCCAUGUAAAUGUAUUAUUUAUUUCAAAACUAAAUAAAAUUUACAUUUUAGAAACUCAAUUCUCUUAAUUUUUCAGUAUUAACAGUACUUGAGUCAAAUACCACAAAAUCAACACCACACACGUUUUUAAAAUCCUUUUCAUAAAAUACUGGGAAAUGCUUAUACCAUGGUGACUUUUUUAAUGAUUUGUUUUUAUGUG